CGGAGUUGCGUUGAUUGGUUUCCUAGUAUGCGAUGGCAGCGGCGACAGCGCGACUGGAGGAGGAUCGACGACUCCAACUACGACUGCGACUGCGACUGCGACAGCGAUCCGCGACACGCGACAUAGCCAGCGAUAACAGCGCCCGGGAGCGAACAUUGGCCACCAAGGUGCGGCGAAAAGAACGACGUCCGCUGCGACGAUUGCAUCCGCCGAUUGGGAUACCGCUGGGCCAGCUCCUCUGGCUGCUGUGCUGCCUGUGCGGCCAGCUGCGUGCCGAGUGCCCGUCGGUGUGCGAGUGCAAGUGGAAGAGCGGCAAGGAGUCCGUCUUGUGCCUUAACGCCAACCUCACACAUAUCCCCCAGCCGCUCGACGCCGGCACUCAGCUGCUCGAUCUGAGUGGCAACGACAUCCAGACGAUACCCGACGACAGCUUCGCCUCGGCGCAGCUGCUCAAUCUACAAAAGGUCUACUUGGCACGCUGUCGCCUGCGGCUGAUCGAACGUCAUGCGUUCCGCAAGCUCAUCAACCUCGUCGAAUUGGAUCUGAGUCACAAUCAGCUUGCGGCAAUUCCCUCGCUCGCCCUCUUUCACGUCUCCGAGCUGAGGGAACUGCGACUCUCCGGCAACCCCAUCAGCCGGGUGCCCGACGACGCCUUCGGCCAUGUGCCGCAGCUGGUGCGCCUCGAGCUGAGCGAUUGUCGCUUGAGCAGCGUCGCUGUCCGCGCCUUUGCCGGCCUAGAGAGCAGCCUCGAGUGGCUCAAGCUCGAUGGCAAUCGAUUGAGUGAAGUCCGCUCCGGCACCAUCACAUCCCUUGCCUCGCUGCAUGGCCUCGAGCUGGCACGCAAUGCCUGGAACUGCAGCUGCAGCUUACGGCCGUUGCGCUCCUGGAUGUUGCAACAGAACAUUCCCAGCGGCAUUCCCCCAACCUGCGAAUCGCCUGCCCGGUUAGCAGGGCGUGCCUGGGACAAGCUGGACGUGGAUGACUUUGCGUGCGUGCCGCAGAUUGUGGCAACCGAUACCACAGCCCAUGGCGUCGAGGGACGCAACGUGACCAUGAGCUGCUACGUCGAGGGCGUGCCUCAGCCUGCGGUGCGUUGGCUGCUCAAGAAUCGCCUGAUAGCGAACCUGAGUGCCGCCGGCGCAGGCGACGCGGCGGAUGAGCCACGCACCGCUGCAGCGACGCAAGGCCGCAAGACGUAUGUGGUCAACAUGCUGAGGAAUGCAUCGAAUCUCACGAUACUCACGGCAGACAUGCAGGAUGCGGGCAUUUACACCUGUGCCGCGGAGAAUAAAGCGGGCAAAGUGGAGGCCAGCGUCACGUUGGCCGUCUCCCGACGUCCACCGGAGGCGCCUCUCGGUGUGCGCAUCGUGCUGCUGGGCGUCUUGGCUGCGUUGCUGUUUGUGGUCGGCUCCUCGUUUGCGGCCAUCUGCUUCUGUUCGCUGCGACGGCGCCGGAAGUUGCGACUGUGGAACUCGGUGCCGCCGGUGCGACGCAGCGAGAGCUACGAGAAGAUUGAGAUGACAUCCCGAGUGCGUCCCGAUCUCGGUGGCGGUGCCAGUUGCGGUGGCGGCAGCGCCACGGGUGCUGCGCUCUUUCACGACGUCGAGGAGUCGAGCUAUCUGCGGGCCACGCACACACCGCUGAGUGCGGGGGGCGGUUGCGGAGGUGAGAGCAAUGCUGACGUCGCGGCGAUUGUGAAUCCGAGCGCGGGAAAUGGCACGCGACGCAAUGGCGACUACCUGCAUGUGUCGACGCACUGCGACGACGAGGACGAGGAGUCAUCGCCGCCACCGCAGUUGCAGCUGCAGCUGCCACAUCCUCAGCACCAACUGCAGCGCAAGGGCUCCAAUGGCAUUUCCGCAUCCGUUGCGAAUAAUUCAGUGGCAGCCACAGGGACGACGACGACGACGACGUCGACGGCGAUGGAGGAAACGGAUCUGCACAUACCACGACUGAUUGACAUCGGCGGCACCGAUUCAGCUUCUAGUUCGAUAUCCAGUCAAGUGGAUGCCGCUGCUCGGCUUGCGGGCUAUGCGAGCAGCUGGAAGACGACGCCCAUAGCGACAACGAAGAUCACCUCGCCGCACAGCCAGCCAGUUGCGGGUCAAGGGGCAACGACUGCCACGCCCUUCACGCACUACGGCAACCAUGCGGCAGACGAGAUGGCCACCUCGGUGUUCUGCAGCAGCAAUGGCGAUGGCCAGGAGCAUGAUCUCUUCGACAGCAACUAUCCCGAUCUGUUGGACAUUGCCAAGUAUGCGGUGGCCCAAGCUCAAUCCCAGGCGGGUCACGUUUAUCCCGGCGGAGCAGGAGCGGGGGCAACAACGAACGGGGGACUGUGCACGCUGCCGAGGAAGCUGAAGCACAGCGGCAAGUAUUUCCGCAACUCGUCGGACAGCCAAUCGCCGCUGCUGGCAGACAACUCGAGCAAAUACGGAAGCAGCACCUUGGGCGAUGGGAGUUUCCUCAACGAGGCGAUGGGAUUGGGCAGACGGUACUCGGCGGAGUCGAGCUAUGCCAACUACGCCAGCACAACGACCUACACAGGUGGAGGACAACGAGCGAAUAGCUUCUUGAAUCUGGUGCAGAGUGGAGCCCACAAGGGUGGACUGCAUGCCCAUCAUUUGGGCCAGAAGCCAAGUUUACCCUCGUCGCCUGUUCAGCAUCAGCGAUCGCUUAGCAGCGCAGCGACGCCGCUGUUGGAUUUCUCAGCGCUGGCCACUCGAGCGGCGGGGGCUGCCAACUCGUCGGCAGCUGCCUAUGACUAUCAUGCGGCGCAGCUGGAGCGAUUCCUCGAGGAGUAUCGCAACCUACAGGAUCAGCUGUGCAAGAUGAAGGAGACCUGCGACACGAUACGCAAAAAGGAGACGCCACUGCGUGUCGCCAUCGGCCAGUCGGCUGCCCAGCUGGCCGAUCCUGUGAUGUACAGCGCGGCCACAGCCUCGCACAGUCCCAAGCCCCCGACCAGCACGCUCAAGGCGAAAACUCUCCUCCCCGGCCAGCCGCCCGAUCCGCCGCCCUAUUGGCUGCACCGCAAUGCGAUGCUGAAGCGCCUCAAUGCAGCCGAGGGAGUUGGCCAGCAAAACAAUGGAGGCGCUGGCGGUGGCGCCUCUUCGCCUCAACCGGGCCAGGAUAUCUUCAAGAGCUAAUCGAACUUGUGUACAGCCGACUAAGCCACAAAAGUUACCAAAAGCGACUUCGGUCCACACCGAAGCACACAUCUAACCUUGCAGAGCAGUUGAAGAAGCGGUGAAUAAUAUUUGAAUUUUCUGUGAGAAACACUUUGAUCAAACUGAAGAAUUUGCUAAGCAAACGGCAAACAUAUUCUCGAAAUUCAGAGAAAAGUUGGAAAUAGUCAUGCAAGCAGAACUUUAUAAGCAGACGCAAUAAUUCUAAAGAAAUAUGAAUUGUAUUUGUAUUUCCUGUGAGAAGCAAUUUUUUUCAAACUCAAAUAAUUGCUUGGCAAUGGCAGGUAAACUAUUUAUAUAACUUCUUUUUAGAGCUGAAAUUAUUGGCAUGUUUAAUUAUUGAAAGCCGCAAGCAAACAUAUUCUCUAAAUGCAUAAAUUGUCGAAAGAAUUCUAAAGGAACUUGCACUGAUUUUAAUAUUUGAUUUUUCGAUAAG